CACAUCCGGGAGAAGAGUAGUGGAUGCGGAGCGUCUCCUGUAAGCGGUCUCCCAAACGCCACGCUUGUACUCACUUUGUUUCUAAUAAAAAAUUGCUGUGGUGGAGGCCAUAGAUUCCAAGUGGUGGUUUAGAGAAGUCCCAAACAUACCCUUUGUUUGGGGAGAAGAAUCGAGAGGGAGAUAGCUAAACUAGGGUUAAGGGAAUUAGGGGCCGAGAGGAGCGCAAUGAGCAUCGUGCCCAAGGAGACGAUCGAGGUCAUCGCUCAGAGCGUCGGCAUCCCCAGCCUCGGUGCCGAUGUCGCCGUCGCGCUCGCCCCUGACGUCGAAUACCGCCUCCGCGAGAUCAUGCAGGAAUCCAUUAAAUGUAUGCGGCAUGCAAAGCGGACUGUUCUGACGGCGGAUGAUGUUGACAGUGCCCUGGGCCUCAGGAAUGUUGAGCCCGUAUAUGGAUUUGCCUCUGGUGAUCCAUUACGUUUUAAGAGAGCUGUUGGACAUAAGGAUCUCUUCUAUCUUGAUGAUCGGGAGGUAGACUUCAAAGAGAUUAUUGACUGUCCUCUGCCUAAAGCCCCACUGGACACAUCAGUUGUAGCCCAUUGGCUAGCGAUUGAGGGGGUACAGCCUGCAAUACCGGAGAAUCCUGCUAUUGACGCAAUUGUACCACCAACUGAAAAUAAAAGGUCUGAGCAUGGGAAAGAUGAUGGACUUCCAGCUGAUGUCAAGCUUCCUGUUAAGCAUGUAUUAUCUAGAGAACUACAGAUGUACUUUGAUAAAAUAGCUGAACUUACUAUGAGUAGAUCUGAUACGUCCCUUUUUAAAGAAGCUUUAGUGAGCUUGGCAAAAGAUUCUGGUCUUCAUCCUUUAGUUCCUUACUUUUCCUACUUCAUUGCAGACGAGGUUACCCGGAGUUUGGGUGAUCUUCCUGUUUUACUUGCUCUAAUGAGAGUAGUCCAAAGUCUUCUCCGUAAUCCACAUAUUCAUAUUGAACCUUAUUUGCACCAGCUGAUGCCAUCAAUGAUCACUUGCAUUGUUGCGAAAAGGCUAGGGCAUAGGCUCUCAGAUAACCACUGGGAACUUAGGGACUUCUCUGCCAAUUUGGUUGCCUUGGUAUGUCAGAGGUUUGGUCAUGUCUAUCACAACCUUCAAAAUCGGUUAACUAAAACAUUGAUCCAUGCAUUUCUUGAUCCUGCCAAAUCACUGACACAACAUUAUGGUGCUGUCCAAGGGAUAUCUGCACUGGGGCCCAGCGCGAUUAGACUCCUUCUUUUGCCCAACCUUGUGACAUAUAUGCAACUUCUGGAGCCGGAACUGCAGCUUGAGAAGCAGAAAAACGAGAUGAAAAGGAAGGAAGCUUGGCGUGUUUAUGGUGCCUUGCUGUGUGCUGCAGGCAAAUGCUUGUAUGAUCGGUUGAAACUAUUUCCUGGUUUGCUUUCUCCGUCGAUGCGGCCUCUUUUACAGAGCAACAAAAGGGUCUUAACCAACAACCCAAAUAAGCGAAAAUCUAGCACAGAUCUCUCUGCAACUCAGCCACCUCUGAAGAAGAUGGCAACGGACGCAACAGCCAACUCCAUGGCCUCAGCUUCCAUGGGAGGAAACAUGCAAGGUGCCAUGGAUGGCUUUCCCAACCAGUUAGGCAACCCUGGCAUGAUGCAGGCCUCGUCCUCUGGGCAGACGGUGGAGAGCAUCCCAUCAGCUGCGGUCCGGAGGGAUCAGGGCAGUGAUCUCGCGCAGAGAGUUUCUGCAGUGCUUAGGCAAGCCUGGAAGGAGGACCAGGACACCGGUCAUCUCUUGGGGUCUCUGUACGAGGUCUUCGGGGAAGCCAUCUUCUCCUUUGUCCAACCACCAGAGAUAUCCUUGUUUGUGUAGAGAGAGAGAGAGAGAGGAAAUGCAUAGACUCUAGGUUUUAUUAUUCUACGCUGUUGUACAACUAGGGAUGUUUUGAAGAGUUCACGAAACCCGGUUUGACAUUGUCAAAGUAAUGUGACUGAAGUUGUAGUUUACUC